GGGAUAUAGUCCAUCGAAGGGGGAGCUCAUCUUGGAGAACUGACCUCGACUCGGGUCACUGCAAUAAAAAAAUUAUUUCCAACAUGACUUCAACGAAGAGGGGGAAGUUGCCCAUGAAGGUAACAUAUUUUUUUUUAUCCUGCGUUGGUUUCGGAGUCGCGGAAACUGAAUAUGAUAGAAAAUUACUGAACAUUUCGUUGUGUGCAUUCCUACUGUUGAGUACUGCUUCGAUAUAUUUCACCGCUACCAAUUUCUAUCUUAAAUUGAAUCGAGGAAUUAUUUCUGAAACCAUUGAAGCCUCGUUUCCUCUAUUAACAUCGAGUCUUACUCAUUUUAAACUGGUUCUAUUCACUCUACAACGAACUCCGUAUGAACAUCUUCUGCAACGAACAAACGAGACCCUGUGGAUACAAUCCUCUACAGAGUACGGGGAAAUCGUGUUAGAAAAGUGCGAACGUCAGGCCCAACUUUUUCUAUUUAUUUUCGUUAUUCUGGGACAUGCCUCCGGUGUUGGUUGGAUAUUUGAGCCAUUAUUCCUGAAUAUGAGAAGCAAUAGCAGUACUCGUCAUUUACCCACUGAAGUGAUAAUAGGGGUUCCCCUCUUCGAAUCACCCAAUUACGAAAUAUUUUUCGCGGUUAAUGCACUGGGAAUUUACAUCAUAACAAUCUUAUACUUCUGCUUCGAUUUUUACCUAGUUCUCGUGAAUAUAUUCAUUGUCGGUCAGUUUGAAAUUCUGAGACAGAGAUUCGAGAUCAUUUACUCAGUGAAACCGAACCAAUCAGUAAUCAAAAAUGGUCAUGACAAUGGAAAGAACAAUCACAGACAACUUGCAACCAUGGAUUAUAUUUCACAAGAGUUCAAAAACUGCGCGAAGCAGCAUCAGUUUCUGAUCUCACUCAUGGAAGAGAUCGAGAGCAUUCAUAACAUGAUGAAUCUGGCGCAAGUACUGAUGAUCAGCUUGAUCAUCUGUCUCGUGGGAUAUCCACUUCUCAUGCCUGGAAGUGCAUUGACAAUUGUCAAAAAUGGAGUGUUCAUUUGCAGUUGUCUGAUUCAACUAUUUACCUACACACUGUCGUGUCAUAAUAUUAUGAUUGCCAGUUCAGAUAUUGCCGAUGGGAUAUAUUUUUCGAGAUGGUAUCAUGAGAAUCACACCGAGGCGGGACGGUCAUUGUCGAAGGCCUUCAUGAUCGUCUUGCUGAAAACCCAAUGUCCGUGUUAUCUGACUGCAUGGGGGUUCUUCCCUAUUACAUUGGAUACUUUAAAAUCGAUUCUCACAACGGCUUUCUCGUACCUGACUUUGAUGAGGCAAAGCAUGGAGCAGUAAAGGAUUUAUCUGAAUAACCUGUGUGAUCUUGUGGGAGUCUCGUG